AUGCAUGAGUUUCCAUGUUUUGAGCCAUCCCCUCAAACUCAAACUAUACUACAUUGCCUACUUCACCACCUUCUUCAGAGAGAUAAAAGUGAAGAAGCUUUACAACUGUUUCGAUUAUCAGAGGAGAAGCCUCAUUUUUCACAUUGCUUAGAGUGGCUUCUUUUUACUGUUUUUGAAGCUGAAAUUUCCAGCCAAAAUGCAAACAGAAAUCAGUCGGUGGUUGACAUUGGGCAGACUUGUUUUCUGCUGCUGGUAGAUCAACAGACUUGUUUGAAGAAUGUUUCGAAAGGAGAUGGUAUCAGACUGGAGCUUGCUAUAUGCCUGUACAUGAUUAGGUUAUUGCAAGGCUUGAAGGGGCACCUAGGCAAGAAGAAUGCACAUGUUACUUCUGUAAAGAAUAUUCUAGACGCUAGCUACUUGAUGUCUGGGAAAGAACUCUCCAAGCUUGUUGUGUUUGUGAAAGGAGCCCAGUUUGAUCUAGUGGAAUAUUUACAAUGGAAGUGCUCGCUUGGAGAAUUUUGCUUCUGGACUCGAAUUGAUAAGCCAGAAGCUUCAAAUGGGAACCUUGCAAAGUCGGUUGGAUGCAGAAUUUCUCUUGUCUCAUAUGGACAAUUGAGUAAUUCUACAUUUAUCUCGGUUCUCAUUGAUUUGUUUCACCAUGAUAUGCGACUCUGGAAAGCAUAUAGUGCAACACCAGAGAAUAUUGGGAGUAUACAGAGUGUUGCGAUUAUUUUUCGAUCGUCGAUCUACUUCGUCAUUAUAAUGACGCGUUUGAAUCUAGAAGCUCUUGCUGCAUUGAAAAAAUUAAGAGAUAAGGGUUUUAAUAUAGGCACUUGGACAGAAGAGGGAGUUGCAGCCGCUGGUCUAAAGAUGACAACAUUUGUUGCAACUGCCAAAAAUCUUACACAGUUAGAUGACAAGAGCCUGAAUGAGAUAUUGAGGAAGGCCACUGACGAUCUGCUGUGGCUCGAUGCAUCUCAGUGCAACGAUGUUCUGUUUUCCGGAUUCUUAGAUUGGCUUAAUAAAGAAGAAGGGAAGGCUUUCCUUCAUAAAGUCGAUAGGAAAAGAUUUGUAGAGAAAACGGCCGGUUUCGAAUUGUCCUGGGCUGAUGCUGCUUGUCUGUGUGCAUUUAAGAAACAGCUUUCAGAGCUAAAUGAUAAAGUGAAAGACUAUAUGUCUGACAAAAACAAACACCUUGCAAUCCAGAAGGUUAAUGCUUUGAAGGGCUCAUUGCAGCCUGCAGGUGCAUAUGUCAUGAUGAGUGAUGGUGAUUUAGGCAAAGCAUGCAUGGCUUUGCAAAAGGAGAAGGACCCAAAUGCAGCUUCCAAUGAUGCUGCAUUGGAGUAUACUGCGUAUGCUGAAGGGCUUGGGGUCACUGUAGAUCCCGAAGUUUUGCAGUUGUUAGAAAUGGUCUCUCUUUGCAGAAUGAAGCUGAAGAGAAGUAUAAGUGAGAGAGGGCGAGGACAAGGGCAAAAGCAAAAGCAAGGGCAAGGACAAAAGCAAGGGCAAGGGCAAGGUUCAGGUGUUCUCCAGCUGGAGUGGGGCAGGGAAAACGAAGACGAAGCUGAGCAACCAGAGCCUGCACUGGUAGGAUGAAAUUGAAAGAGCGGAUAAUGAAUGCUGUAUAGGAUUUGAUUGUUGUUUGGUUGUAUUCUUUGCUCUUAUUGGCUAUUUUGAAUGCUGUAAGUAGUCAUUUGUUCAAAAGAAUUAGCACGUUGAUUGGUUGACAUGGAUUGAAAAUGAUACUACCAGGUUACAAC